UUACACGUGAUAAAAUUUUUUGAAGUGGCUAGAAGGUAUAUUGGUGCAUGCAAGCAGUGAAGAGGCCUUUCGACUAGCACAUUCUUUCUUUCGUCAUUUGAAGAAAGCACUAAUCAUUUGAGUAAGGGACUCUCAAAUGGAGAACAUAAAAUCAGCGAUUGAUAUUGUAAAGGACGUUGGCCUUACAGUUUGCAAAUAUGUCAAGUAUCAAUUUUGUCCCAGUGAGUUUGUGGAUAAAUUCGAAGCUAAGCAAAAUAAGCUGAAGCGCCAACUCGAAGAUGUUGAGGCAGAAUUAAACACACAACUUAACCGGCCAGCAAAGAAAGCAAGGAGCCAAGUCAACAAUUGGCUAGAGGAAACGCGCAAAGAAACUGCCGUAAAGGUUGAAGAUCUGAUCUGUAAAGAAGGCUAUUUCAAAAAUAUUUGCUCAUCAAGGAAGUUCCAUAAAAAGACUCAAGCACUGAAUGCAAUAUUUAUGGAAGGAGGAAAUUACACUAAUGCUGGUCAGAGUUUGGUUAUAGAUGAUCACUCAAUUGAGUAUUGCACGACAGUAUUCAAAGAAAAGCAGGAGCAGCUGAAGCGCCGACACAAAGACAUUGAGGCAACAUUGAAGACUCAGCGUAUUAAAGUUGGAAAGAUUCCAAGGAAGGAAGUUGAAGACUGGAUGGAUAAAGCAAGCCAACAAAUUGCUAUAAAGGUUGAAGACCUGAUCAGCCCAGGGGAACGUUCCUCAUCACCCAACCUCGAGAAAAAGACUGAAGAAUUAAAGCAAACAUUUGAGCAAGGAGAAAAAUACGCUAAUGCUGGUGAGAGUUUGGUUGUAGAUGAUCACUCAAUCAAAGGAGUUCCACUAGUCGUUGAUGAAUGCAGUGGCAGGGAUGAUGUACAAGAUCAAAUUCUGGAAUGGUUGAAGGGAGACGAGGUUAUAAGAAUUGCAGUUUCGGGAAUGGGUGGUGUGGGCAAGACAACAAUUAUGAAGCAAGUCCACAACCAACUGUUGAAAGAAUCCAAAUUCAACGAAGUUAUUUGGGUAAAAGUGUCAAGAGACUUUGACAUUUUUGUCAACCAAAAAAAGGAGUUUGAUGUUCGCAGGUUUCAAAAGAGGAUUGCAAGUAGCUUGGAACCAGCAUUGGAGCUAAAGGAUCCUGAGAAUCCUUUCUCUCUAGAAGAUGUUGGAAUUCCUAAUCUAGUUGGAAAUAAUGGUUGCAAGCUAGUACUCACGACACGGUUACAAGAUGUUGCUCGUGCAAUGGAGUGUAAGGUGAUACCUGUGAAUCCUCUUCCACCUGAAGAAGCAUUAGCAUUGUUCUUGAAGAAAGUUGGAAGUGAAGUGUUGUCAGAUGGCAGAAUUAAAGUAGAUAUAAAGCCAUUUUUGGAGCAAAUUUUGCAGAAAUGUGGUGGAGUACCUCUUGCUAUAGUGACAGUGGCAAAAUCAAUGAGAGGGAAAUUACUUCCUCGUAAUUGGAAGUUAGCACUUUCUGAAUUUAGUCAAUUUAAAAGCAUUGUUGAUUGCUUGAAAUUCAGUUAUGAAUGCCUAGAACCACAAUGCCAAGAGUGUUUCCUAUAUUGUGCAUUGUAUCCUGAAGAUUAUGAAAUCUCAAAGAAGGAGUUAAUUGAGUAUUGGAUUGAGGAGGGGUUUAUAUAUAAAGAAGGGAAAACUAGGGAGGCAAUGAAUUGGAAAGGACAUGAUAUAGUUGAUAAGUUGGUUGACAACUGCCUGUUGGAGUUGGUUAGAGGCGGUGAAAAUUGGGUGAGUAUGCAUGAUCUUCUCCGAGAAAUGGCAUUAGAAAUCAGUCCUCAAUUCUUGGUGAAAGCUGGCAUGGCCUUGGAAAAGUUACCAGAGGAGGAUGAAUGGAGAGAAGAUCUUUUGAAGGUUUCUUUAAUGAACAAUCACAUAACAAAAAUUCCUUCAAGCAUGCCAUCUCUGAAGUGUCCUAUGCUCACAACCUUAUUGAUGUCCAAUAACCGAAUUUCAACAAUUCCAGAAGCUUUUUUUGAGCAUAUGCUUGGGCUCAAGAUUCUUGAUAUUUCCAAUAAUCGUGAGCUAAGUAGGCUGCCGACUUCUGUUUCCAAAUUGGAGAAGCUUACUACAUUAUUGCUGGGGCAUUGUAAGUCCUUAAGAGAGGUACCAUCUUUAUCCAACCUUGUAGGCUUAAAAAAGUUGGACCUUUCCUGGACAUCAAUUAAAGAACUACCCCAAGGCCUCAACACGUUAACAAAUCUAAAAUAUCUUGGUCUUGGUGGAAGAUUAUCAGAAACACUUGAUGAACAGCUACAAAAUCUCUCCAAACUUCAGCAUUUACAAGUAUUUGCCAAUCCCUAUGCUGAAAUAGAUUCUAAAUGGGAGACGAUUGGAAUUUGGGGGAAGCUUCAAAACCUUGAGAAGCUGCAACUUGGUUAUUUGGAUAACUUGAAUAUGGUGUUUGGGGAAGUAGGAGCAAUUGCUGAGUCAGCACCGCUACUAGCUGGCACAUUUUCCUCUCUUCAAGAUAUUAGUGUUUGGGGAUGUAAUAAAAUAAAGAUGUUAUUCUCGGUUAAGUGGUUGGGAUAUCUCCAGAAACUACAGAUUAUUGUGGUUUUUGAUUGUAAGCAACUGGAGGAGAUAAUAGGGUCUGAAUCUGAAGGAGGAGAAAAAGUCACUCUACCCAAGUUAGAAAGGUUAGAAUUGGCCGAAUUGCCCCAAUUGAAAACCAUCUGUAGCGGUUCUUUGAUUUGUGAUUCCAUCAGGAAGAUUGAAAUUUCCGGUAGCGAAAAUAUAGAGAGUGUUUUUUGGUCAGGGUUCAACCCACUUCCAAAUCUUGAAUAUCUAAAACUUUCCUGUUUACCGAAGCUGAAAUACGUGUUUGAUGAAGAAGGUCUUGGUUUAUCGCCACUUGUACCUCCCACAAGCUUUUUCUCUCUUAAAAAAAUUAAGGUUAUUGAGUGUAAUCAAUUAAAGAAGGUAUUCUCAUCUGGAUGGCUGCUCCGCUACUUCCAAUCUCUACAGACUAUUGAGGUUGAUAAUUGUCUGCAAAUGGAGGAGCUGAUACCGUCAUCGGUAGAUGAAGAGGAAAAAGUCACUCUACCCAAGUUACAAAGGUUGAAAUUGACCAAAUUGCCCCAAUUGAAGAGCAUUUGUAGCAGCUCCAGUGUGUCGAUUGGUGAUUCCAUCCAGAGUCUGACGAUUCUCGACUGUGAGAAGCUGAAGAGGAUUCCUCUGAAUUUUCCCUUGCUUGAUAAUGCCCAAUCAUCUCAUCCUUCUUCCCUCAAAGAAAUUGUGGUAUGGCCAAAAGAAUGCAAGCCAGAGUUCAUCUUCUUGACACUGUGCCAAGUGCCAAUAGUCAUAAUUAUUGUCCAAAUUAUAUAUCAAUGCAUAGAGGGAUACAGCAUUCUCUGCAGUGCUCGUCUAUUUGCUGGGUUUGUUGCAUCAAUCCUUUGACUUCUAGAUCUAGGCUUAAAACUUGCUUUUGCAUGUGGAGGAUUAUUAUUAGCAAGAGAGUCUUAAUUACGUCUAAGCAAAAGGACAGGUUGGAUUCUAAACCUAAUUCUGAUUUGAUUUCAUGUUGAAUUGUUGGUUAUGUGCAUUAUAUUUUUACAGUGAUUGUGUUGUUUACCUGUGGUAUAGAUACAGUAUAUGAUGGAACUCAAAGGGAAACGUUCACUGAUUUAUGGGCUAAAUAUAUUUAUCUAUUUUAACAAAUUAAUCAGGACUGCAUCAAGAUACUUGUUGGAAAACAAAGUUGACCAAUGUUGUUUGUUUCUGUUUUUUCAUUUUGCUCCAAUUAGCAAUUCAAUCUCAAGUUCAUCUGAAACUUUCUCAUGGGCCUAUUUGAUGUUAUGAAAAAUGAUUCUUGAGGGUUAUUUUAUACACGGAAUUUAAUGAUACCACUCACAUAGGUAAUCUUAACAAGAAAGUGAAAGGCUUAUGUCCAGAAAGCACUGUAUUUGACUUUGGUUGGGAAUGUGGAUCCCUUUCUAUAGAGUGCAGUACAAAAACUGGAGUAAAUGUAGAAAAAUGCUUUCUGACGAGCUUGUCUUAAAAGAUUUCUUCAAACUUUAUCACAUUUUCCUUUUGUUGAAGAAUGUGGGCAUGUUCUAAUUUCUAAUCCUUCUGCCGAUCUAGCCUUAAAAUUUUCUUUUGCAUAUGGAGGAUUAUUUUUAGCAAGAUAGUCUUAGUCACAUCUAAGCAAAAAGGACCUGUUAGAUUCCAAACCUAAUUCUAAUUUGAUUUCAUGUUGGAUUAUUGGUUAUGUGAAUUAUAAUUUUUACUUGGAGAUAUGUUUGUGAACUUGUGCUAAUGGUUCUGUUAUGCUGAUGCUGUAGUUUACCACCCUGUGGUAUUGAUACGGUAUAAGAUGGAACACAAUGGGAAACAUCUACAAAUCUAUCUGAUUUAUGUGAGAUCUCAAAAGCUUAUCAGUUAUGGGGAGUUCAAUAUGAAGAUUCUACAUCAAAGAAGAUAGGGAGAAAAAGUGAAUUCCAGCCCAAACAGCUUGAAGAAGAAAUUGGUGGUGCACUGUCUUUUAUAUAUAAAAAUUAAGACUUCAGAGCUUUCUUGGCCUCUCUGUCUCUGUUUUUUCCACCAUUCUAAUCCUAUUCUGAUAUUCUCAGCACACAAACGGCGCUUAGAUGCAAUUAGGCAAUUACAAUUCGUCAGCUCUACCUCUAAUUUGCUCCUGAAGAUGUCUACAAUGGACGUGAAAUGAUUUCCCAGAUUUCUAAGGGUGACUCCUUAUUUGGUUACAUUUAAAUACUCUUGUCCUUGCAUCCCUGCCUCUUAUUUGACACAGUUUCAAUGGUCUCCACAUGUGCCCUAAAGAUGUCUGCUUUGGCCUUGAACAUAUUGACUCGAUUUCUAAAGGUACGGGUUAUAAAUAUGGAGGAUGCUUCUGAACAUUUUGAAGAAGUUCAGAAGCAUGUAAAGAAGGAACACUGGGAAAAAGCAUACAGGAUAAGUCC